GUUUUAUCGGCACCAAACUCCAGCCUCUGUCCAAAACACUAUUCUGCCAUAGUGGCUUCAAUCAGAGCUUUAAGUUCGAGAAUUGCGCCGUAUUGCAAAAUGUCGGCCUCAAAUGAACGCCGCGACAUUGUUAUCGUUGGCGGUGGUAUUAUCGGAUGCUGUUCAGCAUACUACCUAACACGACACCCAUCCUUUGAUCCUUCACGCCACUCAGUCACUCUGCUCGAAGCCUCAGAAAUCGCUGGUGGGGCAUCGGGCAAAGCGGGAGGACUUUUGGCGUUAUGGGCAUACCCCAGCAACAUCGUACCGCUGAGUUACAAACUGCAUGCAGAAUUGGCCAAAGAGCACAAUGGUAAAGAGCGAUGGGGAUACAGAGAGGUCGGGUGUGGUCAGGCCGUCGCAAAGGGCCGUCCGCUGAGUGAUGAAAACGCAGAGGGCGGCGGAGCAAGAAGUGGGAGCUCGGUUUCUCUACAAAAGCGAAGUGCGGCUGCUCUUUCAAAACUCAAGUCUGCUGGAGUUCCUCAGGAUCUGGACUGGAUUGCGCCAGAACUCUGGCGGGAAUACGAAAGCAUGAGCGACCCUGGCGAAACAGCUCAGGUUCAUCCCUAUCUCUUCACUACUUCGAUUGCGAAGCUUGCGGAAGAAAAAGGCGCAAAGAUCACAUUGGGAUCUGUUAAAAAGAUUGGCUACUCGAACGAUUCUGUUGAGUCGGUCACCUAUACGGAAAAUGAAACCGGAAAAUCCCGUACUAUUCCAGCAACAGACGUGAUCGUCUCUGCAGGCCCUUGGACGAGGUCGAUUUUACCAGAAGCCCCCAUAUCCUCUAUGCGCGCACAUAGCGUCGUCAUCCGACCCACCAAACCAGUCAGCGCGUACACUCUUUUCACAAACAUCGAGAUGCCAGCCAACUUUGAUCCAUCAAAGCGGUCGCGAGCAACAGUGGCUUCCCCCGAGAUCUACGCUCGUCCCGACGACACGGUCUAUGCCUGCGGUGAUGGUGACCAUGAGGUGCCUCUCCCAGAAACCUCGGCAGAUGUAGAGGUGGAUCAAGAACGAUGCCGGGAUAUCUUUAAUCAGGUGGGCAGCAUCUCUGAUGAGCUACGCGAUGGAGAGAUCACCGCCCGUCAGGCUUGCUACUUGCCGAACGUGGCUGCCAUCCGGGGAGGCCCACUGGUUGGACACACCGGAACCAAGGGACUAUACCUUGCUGCUGGCCAUACUUGCUGGGGCGUUCAGAAUGCCCCUGGAACUGGAAAGGUCAUCAGUGAAUUCGUGUUUGAUGGUAACGCUAAGAGCGCGAAGAUUGGGUCUUUAGAUCCGAGAAACUUCCUGUAAAGUAAUUAUAUAAGAUCAAUUAAUCACCAUUUCUGGUAGAUUGCAAUUAGC